AUGGAUUAUGAUAAGGAAAUAAUAGACCUCACCUUGAGUGACGAUGAAGCAGAUGAACCUACACCUUCGUCCAGUAUGACAAAAGAAGAACGCGAAUUGGCAGAACGAGUCGAAGCAGUGAAGUAUAUGUUAUUGUCGCCAGUCGAUUCUAGAACUUUAGAGGAAGCAAUAAUUAUGUUAAGACAAAAAAGACAGGAAGCAAUUAUGUCAAGACAACAAAGCUAA